UCUGCCUUCCUAACGCCGUUACUCUUUCAACCAACCUCUUCAAACACAUCAAAAAUAAAACCCCCCCUUCUUCUCUUCACCCAAACAGAUAGAUCACCAUCUUUCUCUCUCUCACUAGAUUGUAAAGAAGACAUUAAGAGGGAGUUAUAAGAUGUCAGAAGGAUCAAGCUUUCAGUUGGGAGUUAUUGGCUCAUUGGCUUUAUCAGUGGCUUCAUCAGUUGCCAUUGUUAUUUGCAACAAGGCUCUUAUCAGCUCUCUUGGCUUUCCCAUUUGCAACAACAUUGACAAGUUGGCAUCUAAUGGUAACUUUCUGCACUCUCCACAUGGCGCAUCGUCUCCGAUUUUUUGAACCCAAGUUUGUUGAUGCAAAGACAGUGAUAUUGUUUGGCAUCCUCAAUGGCACAUCAAUUGGCCUUUUAAAUCUCAGCUUGGGCUUCAAUUCCAUUGGUUUCUAUCAGAUGACAAAACUCGCUAUCAUUCCCUUCACAGUUCUGCUCGAAACUGUGUUCUUGAACAAGAAAUUCAGCCAAAACAUAAAGCUUUCUCUUCUAGUCUUGCUCCUCGGUGUUGGUAUCGCAUCAAUUACUGAUCUCAAGCUCAAUCUUCUUGGCUCCAUCCUAUCUCUAUUGGCCAUUGCUACUACAUGUGUUGGCCAAAUUAUGACAAACACAAUACAGAAGAGAUUGAAGGUCUCAUCAACACAACUACUAUACCAAUCUUCACCAUAUCAAGCAGCGAUAUUGUUUGUCACCGGCCCUUUUGUUGAUCAAUGCCUUACCAAGCGCAAUGUCUUCGCCUUCAACUAUUCUUUUAUAGUCUUGGCAUUUAUCAUACUAUCAUGCUUGAUAGCAGUAUCUGUGAACUUUAGCACAUUUCUUGUGAUUGGGACGACAUCUCCAGUCACUUACCAAGUUUUGGGCCACCUGAAGACAUGUUUGGUCCUCUCAUUUGGAUACACAUUGCUACAUGAUCCCUUCACUGCAAGGAACAUUUUAGGCAUCUUAGUUGCCAUCUUUGGGAUGGCUUUAUAUUCCUACUUUUCAGUCCAAGAAGGCAAGAAAAAAUCAGCUGAUAAUGUCAUUCCUGUAUCACAGAUGAGGGAUGCUGAAAGCAAGCCACUUUUAAUGGCAAAAACCACAGUGCAUCAUGAAGAGAAAGACAGUGAUGAGAGUAGGAAAACAAAUGGGGUUGUUACUGCUACAAAGGAUUCUUUUGCUUAGUGAAUUUUUAUAAUUGAUUUUAUUAGCUUUGCUAUUAAAUGCGGCAUCUCAAGUUGUUCAAAACUUUUAUUGCUUCAUUUGUAUUACAUUGAUUUUGCCGAGUGUA